CAUACACACACACACAUAUAUAUAUAAUUAUAAUUAUCUAAUAUAUAUAUUAAAUAUUUUAUAUAUUUAUAUAUAAAAUAUAUUUAAAGAAAAAAAAAUCACUACCUCCACUUUUGGACACACAAAAUAAUAAUAAUAAUAAAUUUAUUAAAAGAAAGGCACAUUCAUCACCACAAUGCAUCCGCGCCUUUCUUCCCUCUCAUCUUUCUCGGCAAAGACAGUCCUUAAGCGCGUACAGGCCACUACACCCCGUACUUAUGUUGCCCUUGCCUUCAAUGAGAACUCUUCUCAAAACUUGUUUGGUAAAGCACCCACUGUCGACCGCUCUUUGAAAUCGUUUCAGUACUCCAGCACUCCCAACGUGUCCAGUGCGAUAUCCUCGGUUGGUCCAGAAGCCCUGGGUAUUGACAGUACAGAACCUACCUUUGAAGUGGUAUCUUCCGGUGUGGGAUCUGCUCUGUUGAUCAAGCUGCCUCCAGAUACUGAGAUUACAGCAGCUACCGGGAGUGCAAUUGGAUCAUCUAGCAAGAUUACAUCCAAAUUGACUUUGGAUGGUAAUGUCCUGAAUGCAGCAAGCAAAUCAUUGAUCGGAAGCCCCGUUUUCCACCAAAAAUUCUACACUAGACAUUCUGCUGGAGAUAUCUUGCUGUCUCCUCAACGUAUGGGUGAAAUUGCUGUGAUCGAACUCAAGGGAAGUGGAAAGCAUAUUCUCCGUAGAGAUGCCUUUCUCGCAAAGACCGAGAAAGUCACGCUUGAACUUGGAUUAGAAGGUGUCAAAGGAAGAGAUACCGGACUUGUCAACAAGAUCGUCAAUACUGUCACUGGUCCAGGUACAAUUGCGAUAUCUCAUUAUGGAGGCCUGUAUCGUUUCUCUCUUGGUGCUGGUGAAGAGUACUUGGCCAAUCCUAGAAAUCUCAUUAUGUGGGAUCGUCGUACUAAUCCCACUAAGCUUCAUCCUGCCAAUCCCAUCGUACCUUCCCCAAGAUCACCCUUGAGAAAGUACGCCUUUGUGAGACAUGUCGUCGAUAGCCCCUCCCUCCAGACAAAACUUCAGUACAUCAACAGUGUCUCAAAGACAUUGCGAAACUACAUUCUUGGUGCACCUGAUUUCGUACGUCUCAAGGGUCCUGGAGAUUUCUACCUCUCCUCAAGAGUUGAGCCUCGCUUCGAAAAAUCUCGAUUAAUGAAUGCAUUGGCUGGAAUGAACGAUUCUGCCGUUCAAUUGUUUGAACAGUCUGCCGUAUUCCCUUCUCCACCAGAACAAACUGCAAAGAUCAACCAAAUCAAGAAAUCAAAUGUCGGAUAUGCCUCUCAAAAGUCUACACAAGGUGAAGUGUCGUACUAUGCCGAAGUUGGUCCAAAAAGCAAGGUGCUCUUUAUUCCUGCAAAACAAUCUGAAUCCGUAUAAGUAAUUUCACCCAUUAGUUCAUGGUGCAACUGUUUUUUUUUAAAAAAAAAAAGAAUAAAUAAAUCUUUAUGUAAAAGUAUAGUUGACAUAAUGUA